GAUUUUUGAUAGUCACCUGUAGAAGUUCCCAAAUUUUUCACUUCACAAACAAUAGGGUGAUACGGCAUCCAUGAUGGAGUUAAAAACAGGAAAUGCAGUUGACCAUAUCAGUUUGGGAGCGGAAUAUCACCCAGGACAUGUUUUCAUUCAAAGUUACAUGUAUGUGUCCGGUUGAGUAGAUUACUUGGUCCGUGUUGAAAAUUGUGAAAAUAAAUAUUAUAAGUAAGCUUGACUGUGAUUGAAUAUGGUGGAUUAAUCUUUAUCAGAACGAGACGGGAUCCAGCUAGGUGUGCAUAACUCUAAUGCGGAUUUUCAACAACAAACCCUGGCGUCUAACAAGCUGACGAAUUCUUAGUGUCUUCUUUCUCACGCGCAUCCAUCAUAUGUAACCAUCUCUAUUCUAUUUUUUGGAGCAAUACACAACGUGCAGCCUGGCAGCUCGAUAAUAUACUGUAAUUAUUCACAUAAUAAAGUGUUUACAUGUGUUCAGAUGUAAUAGGUAUUCUCCAAUAAAUAAAAAAGUGAUUAAUUAGGCUGAUGGAGAGAGAAGACUGUGAGAUGGUGAUGCCUGAUAUGUGUUCCAUCUUUGGUGUCACGCUUUCCCCGUAGUACCUGGAAUGAAUGACAGCUCUAUGAUCGAUACUUUGAUUGAAUUUUCCUUCGUAUUUGAAUAUGUCAGCUCUCGUCAUGGUUGAACCAGCCAAUGAAAAAACUCGUAUUGAUUCUACGGAGCAGCUCAUACACCAAGUGCCAGUAGCAUUCGCGGAUCCAAACGAUGAAACCAGUGGAAAUGUCAAACGUCCUAAUUCAUUGCCGAACAACCUCGAUAAACAUUCAGAAAGUGUCACAGAAAACAAACAUAAUGCUCGACACUUACAGGAUUUAAAAUUCCAAGAACAUGGAGAAAUUGACGGAAGAGUCAAUCAGGCAUAUUCUUCUCCUGACAUUGAAUUACAAAAUUAUAGCUUUGAUGUAGGUCAGAAAAAAGACAGGGUUGACCAUAGCAGUCAAAAAGAGGGAGAGAAGGGUAAACAAAGCUCCCAGAUGAGUCUUCAAAAUACUUCCAUUCCACACACGCGGUUGCCGCAAAUAGAUUGUGCCAUCAUCGCUGAGGAGGAUACGUCGCGAAGCGUAUUGUUGGAGGAUGGUGGGGGGAAAGAAGAGUCGCGAAAUAACAACAAAUCGACAAAAGACAACAUUAUUUCGGACAUUGGUGCCGAUAUAAUGAGAGUAAAUGGAGCCAUUGGCUCGUUCAAACAGUUACAGAAGCCGACCUCUAUGCAGUCCCUUCCCACUUCCUCCAAAAUGAGUUUUAAUGACGAAACCGGAGCCGGGACAGCUUUAGUGGACAAAGGCGACUCUGGGAAAUAUGUGGAAAAUAAACAGGACAAAGACAGUAAACCCAAUGUGGGAUAUAGACUCGGGAAACGAAAAUCCCUGUACGAACGUCGACGGAAGAUCUCGGAUUAUUGUCUCGUUCUUGGAAUGGCCGGAAUUCUUAUCAUGAUUCUUGAGACGGAACUUAUUAUGGCAAAAGUUUACACCAAGGAUACUUACUAUUCUCUGGUGUUGAAAUCUCUCAUUUCACUGUCCACUUUUAUUUUGAUUGGCCUUAUACUCGCUUACCAUGCUGUUGAAAUCCAGUUGUUUGCCAUCGACAAUUGUGUGGAAGAUUGGCGGAUCGCCAUUUCUUGGAGGCGUUGUUUUCAACUGGGCCUUGAAAUUCUUGUCUGCGCAGUUCAUCCAAUCCCCGGGGAAUUCUUUUUCAUAUGGAAGACAGAAAUCUACGACGGGGCAUCCGUGGUGGAGGAAGACGUCCCCGUGGAUAUACUUCUUUCUAUUCCCAUGUUUAUGAGAUUGUACCUCAUAGCCAGAGUUAUGUUACUUCAUAGUAAACUAUUUACAGACGCUUCCUCAAGAAGUAUAGGUGCGCUGAAUAGGAUUAAUUUUGAUACUCGUUUUGUGUUAAAGACUUUAAUGCACAUUUGUCCGGGGACUGUGAUGCUGGUGUUUACUCUCUCUAUGUGGAUUAUCACGAGCUGGUUACUACGUGCCUGUGAAAGGUAUUUUGAUCACAGACACGAGAAUAUACUGAAUGCUAUGUGGAUGAUAUCUAUCACUUUUCUGUCGGUUGGGUAUGGUGAUAUCGUUCCUAACACUUAUUGUGGUAGAACCAUCUCCAUAGCGGUUGGCUGCAUGGGUGCUGGUAUAACUGCUUUGAUCGUUGCUGUUUUGUCCAAAAAGCUAGAGCUAAGUCGAGCAGAGAAACACGUGCAUUUCUUUAUGAUGGAUACCCAACUGUCAAAAAGAUUGAAGAAUGCGGCAGCUAAUGUAUUACGGGAGACUUGGUUGAUUUACAAAUAUACAAAACUCGUCAACAAAAUAGACGCAGGCAAAGUGAGAGCCCAUCAGAGGAAAUUCCUACAGGCGAUUCACAGUUUGCGCAAAGUAAAAAUGGGGCAAAGGAAAUUGGCCGAAAAUCAAAACACACUAGUUGAUAUUGCUAAGAGUUUAGGUCGUACAGGCCUGGAACCGCCUCACAGUGUGUAUAUUUCAAUACCCCACGUGCAAUUCAAACAGACACAGGGACAAAUUCAUGACACCGUUUCAGACGUAUUUACAAAGACAUCUACUUUAGAGGAUCGAGUGAACAAAAUAGAAAACACCCUUGUAUCUUUACAAGAACAUCUUGAAAGACUUCCAGUACUAAUAGCGGAUAAAGUAUCUUCACGCAGAAACGAACCCCAUUAUACACUACCUCCUGUUCGUGAUUUGGACAGGGAUCGCGCUUCACGAGAAGUAGAACGUGAAAAGCACUUGGAGCCACGUGAUAGACUGUUCGAGCCACGUGAUCUUGUUGAACAACGAGAGCGGGAAAAGAGGACCGGAGAUUUCACUUCGGACGUUCCCGAUAGUGCGGAAUCUACAAGGUCGGAAUUUAAUCAACUUCGAAAAACUUCGCCACCUCGUCGCCGAAAACAAUCUGCACCAUCAACAAACACUAUUACACAAUACCCACCGUCUCAAGGAAGCAUGAGUCAAAUCUAAUAUUGACCUGGAUUUUCCCUAAGAACCCCAAUAAAACGGUUUUUACGGAAUCAAAUUUGGUGCCAGUAAAGUCAUUCCAAUACUUUUGUUUGAAUACUAGGAUCUAUUCACAUUCAUUGAUUUUUCUAUAACAUAUAUCAACGAUUUAUGCUAUACGUACACUGUAAUCGCUAAUGAACAUUGUGUCAUUUGUGAUUUUUUUUUUUUUUUUUUUUUUUGUUAUUGGCGUAUAACAUUUUAGUGAUGAAUGUUUCAGCAGGAACACGACUCCUGUGAUUUGGUUGCUAAGUGACAAAUGUUUCAUAAGACUAUAACCGUUACUUCUUUCUGUCUUACUUGAUUGGCAAAAUCUGUGAUAAACACGACGUUAUAUUGUGAUGUUGAUUCUUGUUUGAUGUACGGUAGAAAAGAAAUUCGGCGUGGUCCCAGUGAUGACCUGACAGAAUGAUUAAUUAUUUAAUAAUUAAUACCGUGUCUUCCGUUCGCAGGGCUCACUUCCUGGAUCCGCCACGGACACAUUCCUCCCGCUUAAAUUCCUUUUAUAUACAUAAAAAAGUUUUCAGUCUAGAAUUGCUACAGUGCCUCGACUUAUCUUUCAAAUACCACAAGAUUAAUGUUUUUGAGCUUACUUUCAUAAUUUCACAUUCAUUUUAGUCCAAAUUAGAUAAAAUUAGACAUUUUACGUUCUGAAAAUUUUCCUAUUGUUUUCAUUCUUGUUUUAUCAAAUUGACGCCAUUACAAUAUUUGAAUAGAGUACUUGUCUACAAGUGUAGAAAAGUGGCAACUUUUUUGACAUUAUGUCAUCACAGUACUUAUGUGACCUACAUGUACACGUAUUACUAUCUGUUUUUGUCCGUCGUUUGUCAGAACAUUUUAAACUUAUUUUCUAUAAAAGCAGUGAGUUUACUUCAUUUUAAAGAGAUUUGGAUAUAUACUCAGUUAAAAAUUUUGUAUUUUGAAGUCCCUUUCUCCCCAUGGCCUGAAAUUGGGACCAAAAAUUUUUAUAAACUUAACAAAUUCUUGUUCAUUCGAAUAAAUCGAUAAUACAAACUAUUCGCCAAAUUAUAAAGAGCCGAACUUCUCUUUUUUCUUCAGAGCAGGAUUUCCCCUCUUUUAUAAAUGUUUAAAUCAUAUUGACAAUAUUUUGGUAAACAUGUAUAUGAAAGUCAAAUGAUUUUUAAUGGAAAUAUGAGUGGUUUCGAUUCAAGAAUUGUCAAAUUUAGUAUGAAAUCUUAAAAUAUACAGUUCAAAUCAUUGAGUUUCAACCCAAAGUUUUAACUCAUAGGAAACUUUAUAUUAAAUUAGUCACUCAAAAAAUCGUAAGAUCCUUUGUUUCAGCGCAGCGGUACCUGUUUGUUCACGAAUUUUAGAAUGAACAUCAGGCCACCUUUGUGAUUUGAUUAUUUGGUCGCCCUCAGAGGCCCAGUAUUUAAUCUAUGGAUCGAUCCUUUUCACAAAGAGAUAGAGUAUGUGAGAAAAUUAUAAGAAAAAUUAUGUUACUGAUAGGUUCCACGUACCAUUUUCUUAGCUUUUGAAAUGAGAAGUUUUUCAAAAGGAAAAACAAAAUCACAAAACAAUACAAGAAACACUGCUUUUGCAGACGUUCCCUUGACCCCAGUGGACCCACUUUUAGUUCUAUGGCAACGGCAGCUAUUUUGGAGCACCAGAAUCUUAUACAUCAACACUUAUACAUCAAUAUUAUGUACAUGUAGUUUGAAAUACAGUUGGAGGAAAACAUUUAAAAUAAAAUUCCUUUAUGUUUCCAUGGAUAUAGGUAAAAAUUUGUACAAUCGAUUACAUUGUACCCAUUUUUCAGAGAUGUAAAGAAUCAGAUUUGAAUGCUUCGAAAUGAUUGGUUAGACAGGUACUGGGAAAAAUGAUAUUCAAAAUUUUCAAUUUUCAUACACUGUACUUCGAAAGUUUCAGUGGAACUGGUCGCCAAUUUGAAGAAGGAACACUUGUAACAAUGUGUCACCCCACCCCAUCCCCAUAAUAUAUACAUAAGUACAGCCAUGAUAUUUUAUGGGGGGAUUGGCUCUGAGGAAAAUCGCAAACAGGGUAAUUUCCCCCCGGAAAAUUGAUUCUGUGAGGGAUUUUCGAAUAGGAAAUCCUAAUCUACAGUCAUUUUUCCGUGGGGGAAAUCCUACUUAACAGUUUUUUACUGAGGGAAAUCCUGCUCUAGAGCCAGUUUUCUGGAGGAAAGAUUUUUCAGGGGAUAGCCUACUCUACAAGACCGGUAUGCAGGGCUGUUGCCCUUUUAAAUCAUAUCUGAACGCUCAUGGGCUUUUUUGAUUCCAAAUUAAAGUGAUUUUUGAUUCCAAAUUAAAAAGUUAAGGUCUCUAGAAGGAAAAGUAUGAAAUUCCUAGAUUUAUUUAAUAAUGAUUCAUUCCUUUGUUGUCAGAAAGAAAAUUAUGAUAUUUAUGUUUCAGCCAUAAAUUUGUAGCAGAACAAUAUCAAAAACAUGAAUGUGAGUACACGUCUGUUAAAUCACUGUUGAUACUCAGAUGCAAUGUCAGUGACAUGUAUUAACCAAAGAACCAUAACUCCUCUCACUCACUUUAAAAAAUCAUGCAAACCCCUUGCUUUCUUGUAAUAUUCAUAACUUUUCUAAUAUUCAUCGGGACAAAAAUUAUUCAAGAGUUUUUAUACGUUAUUAACGCAAGUGCUAUUUUCUACACAUUUUCAACCUUAAUUGUAUUUUAAGUCACAAUUUAAACUAAUCCUUAAAUAAUAUAUAUUUAAAUUCUUAUAAACAGGAAAGUUUGAGGUAUUCAUCUGUUAGAGAAGACUGAACUGAAUAUAUUUUUGUAAACGUGUAAAUAUAUAGUUCGUCUUUCCUGAUACAUAUUACGUCUUUGUUUUGUUAUUGUGUCGACAUAUGUUUGUAAUAUCAUUCCCACAUGCUCAACGAUCAUAUGUAAUGAUGUUAUGUUUUUCUCCCGUUAUUUAAACUAUUUAUUUAUGUUAUAAAUGAAAACUCCACUGAAACCUUUUAUUUUUUUUCAUAAUCAAGAUUGAAUUUUUUCACCUUCAUCAAACUUAUUGAAGUGAAUCUUUUAUGCACUUUUUAGUCAUUUUCUGUUAACACUUGCGCAAUGAAGAUAUACAUAAUCGCUUAUAGAAAUUAUAACUUAAUAUAAAAAAAAUGACAAAUUAUUCCUAACGUAAGUUACGCAGAUACGUAAGUCAUCAUUGAAUUUCCUGGGAUCAUUACACAAAUUGAUCAGUGUGAAACUUUUGUGAGUAACCCUAUUGUCUAACAUUUAUGUUAAUUAUUUUAACCCGUAAAACUUAAAACUUGUUUGCGUUGUGUUAUUUAAUGGGGCGACAAUUCCAACCUUUUUACUGCAUUCUUUAUUCAUCCAAAAUUAAGGAGUUUUCACUAAAAUGUCCUUUAUACUAGAAAACAGUCAAAACUGGGCCCUUUUUUUUCCUAGCUGAAAUAAUUUAAAUGCUCUGAAUUUAUUUUAGUGCCAGUAUUAAAGGCAUUGAUCAUAUCUCCAUACCCGUUUUGAUUUAAAAACUGUACUUAGUACAUGAAUUGAAAUCCUCUUUAUUUGUUUUGUCUUUAAAAGGAAAAUUAAUAUACAUUUACCCCCCAUCCCACCCCACCCCUCAAAGUGAAUUAUGAAGUGUUCAUUCAUUAUUAUAACUAAAAGAUUGUACUGUAAUCCUUAGGGUAAGGACAUCGCUAAUUAUUCUUUUACAUAAAAUUUUGUAAAAUUCUCUUUUUCACUUCUAUUGUACAUGUAUUUAUUUGCCUUUCCUGUCUUGAAAGAAACAUGGAAAUAAAGAAAAAAAAUAAUAAUAAACAUUUAAAACAUUCCACUAUUUCAAAGCAUAAGUUUACUCAAAUUAUUUCGAAUUAAAAAAAAUGAAAUAGGGAUUUCAAAAAAAUGACAUUUUUGAAAAACAGAAAAACCUCGUUUUCACUCAAAUAACUCAAGUGGUCUCGACAGACAUACAUAUACUGUGCGCAGUUUCUACCUACAAUUGUAUUUAAAGUUCAGAAUUUUAAGAAAAUUGAAAAAUUAUUAAUUUUAUUAUUAUAAAAUAUAAUUGUUUGGGAGAACUGUAAGAAUUGUUUGUACUGUGUCUUUUCUAAUGUCGUUGCCUUCUUUUUUUUUAACACCAGCAGACCCUGAUAUUAAAAUAUUGCACUCAUAGUCAUUGACAAUAUAUUGUUUGGAAGUGAUUCUGCGAAAUAAAAUAAAACAUAACAUA